AUGGAUAGCCACGAGGGCCCUCCAAAGGGCUCUACCCACCACAACAACCACACCCAUAAUAAUGCCCCCGCCCCGCCAAAUCCACCUAGCAUAGAAGCGGCCUACAAACGCAAAUGUAUCGAGCUGAAAAAACGCCUGAACGAAGUCGAAGCCGCCAACGACGCAAUGCGAAUCCGCAACGCUCAGGGUCACCGCUACAUACAGAAAAUGCGACUAGAGUCCUGUAUGCUUCUCGAGCGCCUGGCGGUGUUGACGGGCAUGGCUGAGGAACAGGGGAUUAGUACGGAGUUGCGCGCGCGUACUGUGGCGUUGUUGAAGGAGAUGGAUCCUCAUUACACGCCCGCGGCGCAUGCGAAUCGCGGACGAGGAGCGGGAGGAGCGGGGGAAGGCUCUUCUUCCGUGUGUGUCAAGCGUGCGUCUUACGGAAUUGAUUACAUGGAUGAUGGCACUGAAGGGAGCUCCGAGGGGCAUCCGCCAACUCCCCAGGAACGCCCUCUUCGAGUGAAACGUAGCCGCCGCGCCGACGACUUCACUGCCAACCUCGACACGCCAGACAAAGACAUCGACCUCAUGAACCUGAACAUGAACACCUCCACCACACUCCCACCUCUCCUGCCAGCUACUAGACGCCGUUCCCCACCUACCACCCACGACCUCGACAGCCGUAUAAAACACUAUAACCCACCACCCGUUCCCAUAUCUUCCUCUUCAGCAAUAGACCAUCAUUAUAACCGCCAGCCCCCUCUCGCCCAAUCUCCCACCAAUCACAACAAUAGCCACCACCACCGACACCAUUGCGGCAGCGGCAACAAUUUUGUCCAAGCCCAAGGCCCUACGGCAGCCGUAAUCCAGGAGCCUCAACACGCCAAUCAGCGAUAUAUAUCUGCCUUUGAGGACUUCACCAACCGUACACGGGACAAGGUCAUCCAUGACCUGGUUGACGCGUACGGUCCCGAGACGAAUAUUACGCCUGCUGAUGUCGAUCGUGCACUUGCGGAGCAUUGGGAAUCGUUAGACCCAGCGACGAAAAGGCAGUACGGAGACCGGCGCGAGAGUAGGGAUGGCUUGCAAUAA